AAUUCUCCGGUUUCCUACGGAGUCUUUUAAUAACGGACCAAAGCAGCGGGCGAAAUGGAAGUGAAAAAUGCAAAUGCUGCUAUGCUCAGCAACUAUGAGGUGUUCAAACUCCUCACAGACCUCAAGGAGCAGAGGAGAGAUGCCGGGAAGAGCAAACACAGUGUUGGGCAGCAGAACCUCAAUACUAUCAUGUAUGAGACUCUGAAGUACCUGUCAAAGACGCCGUGCAGCAGACAAAGUCCUGAGAUCGUCAAGGAGUUCCUCAGCACCAUGAUGCAUCACAAGCUCACAAAGGCAGAAAAACUGCAGCUGCUAAACCACCGACCGCAGACCGCAGUGGAAAUUCAGCUUAUGGUGGAGGAAAGUGAAGAGCGGCUGUCGGAGGAGCAGAUCGAGGAGCUCAUCCAGAACGUGGCAGACGUCCUCCCAGGUGACCCGGAGCAGGAAAACAUAGCUGCGGCCGCCGAUGCGGAGAUGGAUGAAGGCGGAAAACAGUCGUGACACGGUGACUCCCAUCUGAAGAACCUGUUAUGUGGCUAAACACGUUGCAGAACUGUUUACACAAAGACAGGAUGCACAGAGRCUACAAGACUGCAGUUAAAAGCUGAGUUGUUAAUCCUGUUUUUUUCAGAUAAUAUGGCAAUGAAAACAGUUUGGACCAAAACAUGCUCACUUUCACACAGAAGAGAUUAAUCUCUKUAAGAUAUGUCAGUAUUGCACAGAGAAGUGCUCUCAAAAGGGGAGGAGAUCUUCAGUUUUAUGUGUCAAAUAACAUUUAUGUAACCUGCAGCCUUAAACAUACAUUAAAUAAUUUUGUUCCAAUCCAAAAGCACAAUAUUCAUUUUACUUUGUUAAUAUUGAUGGGAGAUGGAACCUUAUUGUAUCUCUUGUUUUCAUGUCAAGCUUCAGCUUCAGCCUUGGGAUAGUUUGUGUUUUGCUGCUGUUCUCUUGCAGCAGAGGAAGGAUGUUCAGGUUGAAAGUGUGAAGGUUUCUGUUUUUUGCCUUCGUGUUUGCAUAUCAACUCAGUUUCCUGUUCUUACUCAGCUCCUUAAAGAGCUGGCAUACAAAUGUGCAGUAAAGAGUAGACUCAUGACAAAGAAGAAGAAAAGCAGAGAGAGGACAUGAGUCAACACUUUAAAUAGAAAACGUCUUUGUGUAAAGCUAGAGAAACUGUAAAAUCUCUUAACACAACUUCWACCUCUCCUUCUUAGUAACAUAUGCGUUUUUCUUAUUUCAGCAAGAAAAUUGCUCUUCAAACUUUUCAGUUAAUGACUGCAUGAUUGGCUCAUUUUUAUAGUUUCGUCUUGGACUAAGAUGUUUCAUUUGGUUGUGAUAAUUUGAUCAGCCAGUCUGUAGAAUAAAGUCUUGAAAAACUAGAGAAYGGUUGAAGCACYUACAAAUUUUGAAAUUCCUAAAACAGCUAUUUAGAAAACUUAGAGAUUAUUUGUUUUGUUUUUGGCUCAUUAAACCUAAAAUAAUAAUAAAAAAUUUAAUUUUUCAAAUAACWAAUAUGAAUUUAGAUGUUUUUCUGAAAGAAAUUAAAGUAUAAAGGUUUGCGGAAAGUGUUGCUAGAAUUUUAUGUUGUAUUGCAGUAUAAUCAACCCACAGUGAAAAACAUGCUGCUGCUCUCUAAUGAUGAGAUUUGUGCAUCUAUUGUUUUACUUCCCUCACCAUUGUGCUCACUGUUUAUGGUGGCAAAAUGGGGUUGAGUCCUCUUCCAACCUUUGCCAUAUUAAACAGUUUAAUUAUUUCUCUUAUUGURCUUCUGAACCAGUUCUAUUUUCUGUUUAAUAACAACAACCUUUUAUGCCAUUUCUACCCUUGGUAAACAGAAAGUCAUACAUUUUUUGAGAAAAGUCCCAGGAUAUGCCAAUAAACUAAAAUAAAAACUAAUCAAUAUGCUUCAGCUACAUUUCUUUUUAUAAAACUUGUUUAUACAAAGACUAAAUAACAACUGGUUCUUAAGAUGGGAAUAAAUACAGGAGUAUUCUUAUUGGAGUUCUUUUAGGUUUUAGGUUUCGUUCAAGACCGAUAAGUGAGUCUCUCACCAUUCAGGCAUCAUGUUUCUUCUAUUCAUUUCAUUUAAAUGUACUGCUGUAUGCAGUACAAGUAAAGCACAGAGGAAAAGAAGUUAGUCGUGUUUGCCACUUGAAACCAAGGGUUUAGCCUGAAUUGACCUCAUUAAGCCCGCUUAAACCUUUCAACAUUCCACGGGACACAAAUAAGAAGACAAAAAGARAAAUGCGGAGACAACUCUUCAGAAAGGUUGGAGUCAUGGCUAGGCGACGUGGCUGACUGGUCGGCGGCAGGUUUGGGUCCUGCAGUCGGAGAACACACCAUGACGGCUGUAGAGGAGUGAGGAAGAAUCCCAGCCUCCAGCUUCUUCAGCUUCAC